UGGCUGGGGCGGGCGGAAGGAGAGCCAGGCCGGAAGGAGGCUGCAAGAGGGCGGGAGGCAGGAGAGGGCCCGGAGCUGCUGGGCCGGAGCGGCGGCGCCGCCAUGUCCGACAGCGAGAAGCUCAACCUGGACUCCAUCAUCGGGCGCCUGCUGGAAGUGCAGGGCUCACGGCCUGGAAAGAAUGUGCAGCUGACAGAGAAUGAGAUCCGUGGUCUGUGCCUCAAAUCCCGGGAGAUUUUCCUGAGCCAGCCUAUUCUUCUGGAGCUUGAGGCGCCUCUCAAGAUCUGUGGUGACAUCCACGGUCAGUACUAUGACCUUCUACGGCUGUUCGAGUACGGUGGCUUCCCUCCGGAGAGCAACUACCUCUUCUUGGGGGACUAUGUGGAUCGGGGCAAGCAGUCUUUGGAAACCAUCUGCCUGCUGCUGGCCUAUAAGAUCAAAUACCCUGAGAAUUUCUUUCUGCUUCGUGGGAACCACGAAUGUGCCAGCAUCAACCGCAUCUACGGCUUCUAUGAUGAAUGCAAGAGACGCUACAACAUCAAACUGUGGAAAACAUUCACUGACUGCUUCAACUGCCUGCCCAUCGCAGCCAUUGUAGACGAGAAGAUCUUCUGCUGCCACGGAGGUCUGUCUCCAGACUUGCAAUCCAUGGAGCAGAUUAGACGUAUUAUGCGGCCCACUGAUGUACCUGACCAGGGCCUCCUGUGUGAUCUCCUGUGGUCUGACCCUGACAAGGAUGUUCAAGGCUGGGGCGAGAAUGACCGUGGUGUCUCCUUUACCUUUGGGGCUGAGGUGGUAGCCAAGUUCCUGCACAAGCAUGAUUUGGAUCUCAUCUGCAGGGCGCAUCAGGUUGUAGAAGAUGGUUAUGAGUUCUUUGCCAAGAGGCAGUUGGUGACACUCUUCUCAGCUCCCAACUACUGCGGGGAGUUUGACAAUGCUGGUGCCAUGAUGAGCGUGGAUGAGAGCCUUAUGUGCUCCUUCCAGAUCCUCAAGCCCGCUGACAAGAAUAAGGGGAAGUACGGUCAAUUCAGUGGCCUGAACCCUGGAGGCCGUCCCAUCACCCCACCCCGCAACUCUGCCAAAGCUAAGAAAUAGCCUCCAUGUGCUGCCCUUCUGCCCCAGAUGGAUUGUUUGACAGAAAUCAUGCUGCCAUGGGUCACACUGGUCCCUUGGGCCCGCCCAUCAUGGGGGAACACACAGCGUUAAGUGUCUUUUCCUUUAUUUUUUAAUGAAUCAACAGCAGCAUCUAAUCCCCCAGGCUCCCUCCCACCAGCACCUGUGGUGGCUGCAGGUAGGAUCCUGGGGCCAAGGCUGCAGCUCAGGGCAACGGCAGGCCAGACUGUGGGUCUCCAGCCUUGCAUGGCUGGCAGCCGGAUCCUGGGGCAACCCAUCUGGUCUCUUGAAUAAAGGUCAAAGCUGGA